GUUGGCGAGAUCAGACCGUCCGAACACAGUUUCUUCAACUACUAGGCAGCCGGUUACUGCUUUGAGACCCAAACUACUAUCAAGAACAUGGAAAUAGCCACGGAAGUAAAAAAGAUGACCCUGGCGCAUGAAAUAGGAGCUGGGGCCAGCUGUUUGAAGUGCAAGGACAAAUGUGAGGGAUUUGAGCUGCACUUCUGGAGGAAAAUUUGUCGCAAUUGCAAAUGUGGCCUUGCGGAUCAUGACGUGCAGAUGGAAUCAGCUGAGAAUAAGAAGGUGGGUAGGCUGUUUGCAGACACCAAGUACACCGGUCUCAUUGACAAACUGAAGACUGGUGGACCCUAUGCUGCCGAGAAAAGCCAUCAAGUCCGUCCUCCAAGCACAUUCGCCAAGACAUGGCAAAACACGGCACGGGCAGACAUAGCACAGGCAUUCACUGCACACCUAGACCCCGCCCGGCCAGACCCCUCUCGCCAAGACCCUUCUCGCCAAGACCCUUCUCGCCAAGACCCCUCUCGUCAAGACCCCUCUCGCCAAGACCCCUCUCGUCAAGACCCCUCUCGUCAAGACCCUGCAGGGCCAGGUGUGGCACGGCAACACACAGCAAGCCAAGAUGCGGCACGCCCAGGCUCCACACGCCAAGACCCUGCACGGCCAGACCCCUCACGCCCAGAUGCCGCACCCCAAGACGCGGCACGGCCAAUCGCCGCACGCCAAGAUGUGGUACGGCCAGACACUGCAAAAAUGGCCACUUUAGAGUGGACACCACCCGUGACAAAUAAGCAUCUGGUGACGGCCUAUAUACAGCUGCUACCUCCUGAGAGGCGGCCCAUUGCGGGCACCGCUGGCGCUGAGUAUCGCAAGCAGCAGAUGGCCAGGCAGCUUCCUGAGCAUGACCAGGAGCCGUCCUGCUGCCACGACCUUUCUCCGGGAGAGGUGAAGGUCAUGCAGCAGUAUGUGAAGAAGUGCAAAACUGAGGCUCUCGGUAUGGGGGACCUCAAACUACCAGAGGAAAUGGCUGCCGUGGCUGCACAGGCGGAAGGAGGAGGGGAGGCAACAAGCGGUCCUGGAACCGACACCAAAAAUGCAAAGGGGCCUGACGGUGGACCAGAACAAGGUUCUAGAGGGACCAUCUCUAAAAUUGGAUCAGCUGGUGGGCCAAAGAAUAUAGGCUCUGUACCCAGGAAUUAUUUGUGCAACCAGUGCCAGCAGCCAAUGAAAGAGGGGGAGCCAGCCGUGUAUGCUGACCGCGCAGGGUAUGAAAAGCUGUGGCAUCCCGCGUGCUUCGUGUGUUGCACCUGCACCGAGUUGUUGGUGGACAUGAUUUACUUCUGGAAGAAGGACAAGCUUUACUGUGGUCGCCAUUAUGGGGAGAGUGAAAAGCCCCGGUGCGGAGGAUGUGAUGAAUUGAUCUUCAGUAACGAGUAUACUCAAGCAGAGAACCAAAACUGGCACUUAAAGCAUUUCUGCUGUUAUGACUGCGACUGUGUCCUGGCUGGGCAGACCUAUGUCAUGGAGGACAUCCAUCCUGUCUGUGAGACCUGCUACAUGAAGAAUCAUGCUGUGAAAUGUGUGGCAUGUGACCUCCCCAUUGAACCUGAAGCGCAGCGUGUGUCCUUUGGAGACAGCCACUGGCAUGCGGAGCCACAGUGUUUUCAAUGUGGUGGUUGUUCCAAGUGCCUCAUUGGCCAACGCUUCAUGGUUGUCAAAAACAAGCUCUGUUGCUCUGUUGAGUGCAAGAAAGCCUGUCUGUAGGCCACUCUCACUGUAAGGUUUCCCCAAGUCAUUUACAGCCUUAAAAAGUGCUUUUCCUACUGAAUUGUAAGAUUAUACCAGUAUAUACCCAGUACUUUUUUUGGUACAGUAUCUGCUGGUUUCUCAGUAACUAACUGCAAUAUAAUAUAACAGUUAGUGGUGUCUGAUUUCAUGUGUACAUUCCAAGGGGUAUGAACUACUCCAACCCUGAUGGGUUCAGUUUCAGUUAAUGUCAGCCCUAAGUCAUUAAAUAGUGGCACCACGUAUCAUACAUUACGCACCUUUUUGCUUUAAGUAUUUUUUUUUACUUUGAAAUUGUUAAUUAAAAUGAGUAUGCAUUAAAAACGGUGAUAUAAUGGUUAUUUUUAUCAAGUACUUGUGCCACCACUUAUGAAAUACCGCCCUUGUCAGUCUACUCCAGUGGUUGUUAACCUGGGGUGCGGGCACCCCCUGGGGGUGCACAAGAGAUUUCAGGGGGUGCACGGCAUUUUGUUUGUUUUAAGGUUGUGACCAAAAUUCUGAUAGCAAACACUAUGAUUAGCCCAAAUCAAAACCAAAUUAAAAGAUGUUUGGUCCCCAUGUAAAGCCAUUAGGGUUUUGAUCAAUGUCUCAAGCAAUUAACAUUGUAAUUAAUCACUUAAAUAAUUUUUAGUGCGUAUAUACGUGUAGAAGUUUGGAUGGGGGGUGCGUGGCUUGUCUUGGGCACAGGUAAGGGGAUGCUUUAAGAAAAAAAAAGGGCAAGAACCACUGGUCUACUAGACGCUGUUUGCGGGGUUAAUGCUGUUACAGAACAA